AUGGGGACUCCGGUGAACAUCAUCGUCGGCUCGCACGUCUGGCUGGAGGCCCCCAGCGAGGCCUGGGUCGACGGCGUCGUCACCGAGAUCAAAGGCGGCGACGCCACCAUCGCCACCACCAAUGGCAAAACGGAAACUGUUCGUCAAGGUUUCCGUUCCGUUACAGCUAACAACCGUGUACAACCUGACAUACAGACGUACACCGGGAACAUCUUGAUCGCGGUGAACCCUUUCCAGCGUCUGCCUCACAUGUACGACGUGCACAUGAUGGAGCAGUACAAGGGCGCCACCUUUGGGGAGCUCAGCCCGCAUCUCUUCGCGAUCGCGGACGCCUACUACAGCUUGCUACUUCGUCGGGAAUGCUGCUCUUUUAGCAAUGGGGAGUUCUUAAAGGCUGGUUUACAAGACCUGGAGCAGUGGUGCUCUAGAACAACUGAAGAGCAUGUCUGGACAUCCUGGGAUGAAUUGCAACACAUUAGGCAGGCAGUCAGGUUCCUGGUUUUGCAUCAGAAGUCACACAAAACCCUGGAGGAAAUCACGAAUGAGCUUUGCCCUGUUUUGAGCAUAACUCAAAUAUAUCGCAUAGCAACGAUGUUCUGGGACGACAAGUAUGGUGCACAAGGUCUAUCUCAAGAGGUCAUUGGAAAGAUGAGAACGAUGACAACAUAUGACUCAAUAACUACUCCAAAUAGUUCCUUCUUGCUAGAUGACGACUCAAGCAUACCAAUAUCAUUGGAUGAUAUAGCUCGACUGAUGCUUGACAUUGAUCCGUCCGAUGUGGAACCGCCCCCACUACUAAGGCAGAAUUCUCAGUUUCACUUUCUUCUGCAGCAGCACACAGACUGA